UGUGUGACAGGUUCUUACAAUGGGUGCGUGACCUAUAGCCCGUAUAAUGACUCAUCAUUGUGGGGGAUGAUACGAGUUUUGUCAUUGGUUCUCACGCCUGACCAGUCGUGCGACACCGCUCCAGGGUAUACAAGGCCAGCUGCGCGGGUGUAGUAUACUAGUAUACUCUUUGUGGCAUAACGUCCGUGCCUGUUCUAAACGUGGACUGAUACAAAAACGAGAUCGUGUUUUAAAACGUUGUAAAACAGUCGGGAAAGAUGGUGAGCUGUCGUGUGUUUGUCGUGGCCGUUGUCGUCGUACUGGCAGCUUUGUCGUGCGUGAUACAGGCGGCCGCAGAAGAAGGGGAGGCGAAGAAGGAGGAAAGGGGGAGGGAGAGAGAGAAAGAGCGGGGCGAGAAGAAGCGUAAGGACAGGAACCGACGCGUGCGGAAACUCGAGCGGAGGGUGGCGGGGUUGGACGGGGAGAUGCAGCAGCACGUCGCGGCGCUACGAGCCGGCAUCAACGACCAGAAAGAGCGCAUGCAACAGGUUGAAGACCUCAUAAACUUCCACGGCGACGACGUCAGCAGUCUGAGGGAGACUCUCGUCAAACUGCAGCAAGUUCACGAUCAGAUCUGGCGCUCCCUGGCCGCGCUGGAGAAGGGCGACCAAGAACACGCCAACCUCGCGAACGAGAGGUGGGAAGAGCAGCAGCGUCAAACCACCCGCGUGGACAGCUACCUAGAAGGACUGGAGGCGAAACAAGAAGAGUUUGCCACUCUGUUUCAGGCCAGAUGUGACGCCCAGGACAAGAGAAUAAACGAUCUGGACGUGUAUGUCAGGGAGGCGGGCGGCGGCGGUGGGGGAGGGGGGUCGGACGGCGAGACGGGAGACCUGUACGGCAGGCUGGUCAUGCUGGAGGCGGCUAUCGACGGUCUCCUGGUGCAGUUUCACCUGCACGUGCAGGACAGCUCGGACGGCGUGCACCGGGCAGACGGCAGUUCUACAGGCGGCGGGAACGUCGUCACCAACGCGCAGGUGGAGGGCGCUGUGGCAGUUUUACAGGACGAGAAUGCUGCCCUGAAGUCUACAAUCGCGCAGCAGCAGCGGAAACUGGACAAACUUGAAGAGCAUGUCUCUAAACUUUACAAGAUGUUCAACGGAUGUCGCUGUGAAGAUGAAAACACGGGAUCCUCGGACCCAGAAUCUACCACCGCUGGCGACAGUCCUGUUACGCCACCUACCGGAAGUAGUCGACCUAGCAACCUCCUGUCAACCCAAGGGAAAGAAGGCGUACAGCAGGAUGAGUCGGAUUCAAAGGGCGAUACUUCGGAAGAGCCACUAUCACAGAAUCCUCAAGAUGUGGAACCAACAACUAGAUCUACACCUGUAAGGGCUACAACUAUGUCCAAACUACUAACGACAACAGAAGUUUCCCGCCUUGAAAUGCGUUGA